AUGGCGAACAAUUCCUUGGGCAACACAGAUGGGCCACUCUUUACUAAUUCCUCAGCUGUAGCAAGAAAAACCUGCUAUUACCUGGAUCGGUUUCAGAUUUUCCAUAGCGGUCCGCCAACAAAGGAAUACAUCGUUAACUGUACGCUUAACGCAGUAUUAGCAGUUCUGGCCAUUCUUGGAAAUGGACUCGUCCUUCAAGCGCUCCGAAGAUCUGCCGCGCUUAGACCAGCUUCCAGAGCUUUGGUUUACAGCCUUGCCGCCUCCGAUCUCCUUGUUGGAUUGACAGUUCAACCUUUCUAUGUGUUGUACAAAACGGCUGAAAUAUUGAACAUGCAUCAGUUGUACUGCGUCACAGGAAUUGGAUUCCAUUUGUCAGCGAACGUUUUCUCUGCCGUUUCGUUUCUGACGGUGACAGCCAUAGCCACAGAUCGCCUUCUGGCUCUUCACCUUGGGUCCAGAUAUCAAAGAACCGUAACGCUUCCAAGGGUGGUAACGGUCAUUGUCACUAUGUGGGUGCUAACUGGUUUGUGGAUUUUCAACUGGGUAUGGGAUAUCAAAAUAUAUCGAAAGUUUAAUAUAAUCGUUGUUACGAUAUGUUUGGUUUUCUGUACAAGUGCGUAUGCCCGACUCGGAUACAGGCUUCGCCAGUUGAGAGUUCGCACCAUGUUACGAUGGCGGGACGCCGAAUCAACAACGAACCAAGAAGAAAGAAGCAGCUCGAGUGGUUCAAAAUCGAAACUACGAUUUGGAGCAUACAAAAGAUCUGUGGCUAACAUGUUUUAUGUUUAUGUUUUAAUGCUUAUUUGCUAUGUUCCAUACCUGGCCAUGUUCGUAGUCAUACAAACGACGACCGUAACCAAAGCGAAAAUUGUCACUCUAAGUUAUACCAUGACUUUGUUGUUCGCCAAUUCGGCUUUCAACCCGUUUCUUUACUGCUGGCGGAUACAAGAGAUUAGAUCGGAGGUAAUUUUAAUUCUCGCAAAAUUUUCUUGCAAGAGCAAUUGAAAAUAAAAGUGCAAAUUUCUGUUUGAUUACGAAACGUAAUGUAAUGCAUAUCGACCAUGACUAAUAACCUUUAUAUGGUUUUAAGCACUACAUGCUUUGAAAUUAGAUUCAAAUUGUUACUCGGCGAGAACGGAAGCGGAUAAAUUUUUUUUUCUAUUUGUUAAGCUGACAAUGCCAAACAUAGCUGAGAAAUUUGACUUGAAAAGAGAGUGACAUCGAAUAGAGGCUUUCUUUUCGUGAAUCAAUAUUUGCAUAUCGAGGAAAUUUUUGACGUAUUCACCGAUGUUUUAAGUAUUUAAUGUGUUCAAAUGUGCCCUAAGAAUACGGCCGCGCCGUAUGAUUGGGCUAAGGCCUCUUAAAGAACGGCGAAUUACUGUGGUAUGCUUCAUAGCUUAAUCAGGUUAGAAUAACUGAUUAAUUUUUGAAAGGUAAAAGGAGCUGUGAUACUGCUAUACUAUCGAUCACAAAAAUACUAUGGUCUGAAGCGAGAUUGUCUAACCUUAUGCAAAUUUUUUCUCCGAAUGACACGAAAUUAAACGCGAAUGAAACAAAGGGCCUCUUAUAACUUUGAAAUUACUGAGUGAUUUUUUCGCCAAUAUGAGAAAGGAGAAAACUUAUGAAGGAAAGCCGUUUCAACUAACGGAAAUUUUUUUUAGGUAGCCAAGCAUGUAACUAAACGUAGAGAAUAUAAUGAGGCUUCUGGCAUACGUUAAAUGUGCAGGUAUAAUAUAUGAUAUAUUUACAUAAAACUGAAUAUCAUAAUGGAAAACUGGCCAUUGCAAGUUCUGUUCUUAAUGACUCAGCUUCAAGGCCUGACAUUUCUCGUUAUUUUGAGUAACAAAUAACUUUGCAAGUUACAAGUGGCAUCCUCUUUAAUGUUGUUUCAAAGGUUCUAUGGGCAUCAAGGAAUUUAAAUUUGAGUUAUAAUCCACGUGAAAUUGUACCAUCAUUACAUUUGCAAUAAUUUCAACUUAAUGAUACAAAACACACGGCUGAUGAGAUGCCGCGAUGCUACUGUGCACGAUUUUCUUCAGAUGGACGUGCUAUAGUUUAAUUGUCGUUAACGAACACUUAAAUAAGUUUGUAGGAGAUAAUAUUACCUUGUAUAAAAGAUAUCGAAGUUUACAGUUGAACCUAAACGGGAUAGAUUAGAUUCUAAGUUUUUAAACCUUGCGUAAUAGGAAAAUAUUGUACAGACGUUUAAUAAAGAGGUAAAAUGGUUAUAUAGGUGGUCAUGCAUUUAUUACUUCCUAUAUUUGAAGAUAGCGAUUCACGAAGUAAUCUGAAUAUUUCCCUGAAUCUUUGUCAGCACUGAUAACAAAAAAAAUCUAUAAAUUUACUCGGCAACACAUGUUUAAAGGAUGCCCAUCAUUUUAAAAACAGUGAAGAGAGUUACCCGACCAAAGAAUUCUUUAAAGGCAGUUACAUCUAUUGCAUAAGAAGAAUUUUUUUGCCUCGUUAGAAAAAAAAAGAAACAAGCAAACACAUAAAAAAAUAAACAAAACAAACGAAGAAAUAAAAACAAACAUAGAAACGAAAAAAUUUAAAUAAAAAAUUGAACAGAAAUAAAUACAAUAUCCCUGCUGAGGAAAUAUAGUCCGUGGUGUGUUGAAGAUAAAACGCAUAGAGCAAACAAGAGAUUAAGCUAUCUUCGAUUCGCUGCCGCUGGGGAGCAUACGGCGUCGACUAUGGAUAUCUGCUGGACCUUGUUUUUGACUGUUCUUUUUGCCUCUCUCGAGGCGACUUUAUUCUUGUCGAGCUUUCUUGGACAGUGCGCCUUCGAGACUGCCUUGGAUGUGCACGGUAACUGAUUCGUUUUUGCGGCAUAUUACUAAAAGUGACAGAGUUCUCUGUCUGUAAAGAUUAACUCUUUCAUUUCUGGGGAAACUAUAGAGACCUAUUUCUUUUCCUGAGAAGCCUCUUAUAUUUAGUCGGGUAUUUGGCGUUAUUGCAUUUUAUUACGAUGAUCAGUUAUUGAGUUCAGUUAAUUUCCUCAACUCAAGAACCUUUAUAUUGCCUUCGUUUACUUAAAAAAGCCUGGAGAUAAUUCAAGGAAAAAAGUUUCGUUUCUCGUAUGAGUGAAAAGUCACUUUUCUUUCUUUGUUAUUGUAUCGCAUAUUUUCUGGACCUAUGGGAUCUUCCUCGAGGAAUAGGAGGUGAAAAGUACUCUAAAGGACGAAGCGAGACAUAUCGCUUAGCAUUGUAAAGCAAACCACUAUAAUUGCAAAUGUCAAUCUUUGCGGAUAUCUGAAGAGUUUUCUUAACUGGUGCAUCCUGCUUGGUUUAAUGAAAAAAGUGUAUGAGGUAGCGAUAGUUCCUUGUGUGAUUAUGAAAUCACCUUCUUAGUAUCACGGCUUAGUAUCGCGGUUAGCUCUCGAUCUGUGCUCCUUCUCUUCGAUAGUUUUGAAAAGGAACAUUUUGGAGGUUAGUGAACAUGUUUAUCAAAAAUAAUUUCUUUGAAUGAGAAAGACUAAGAAAGACAACUGUUUUCAUACUUUUAGGAAUUUUACAAAACUGAACUACACUUUUGAUAAAAAUAAUGGAGUACGUUACUUUUCCCACUUUCAAACUGUGAAUUGGGCAACCUAGCCAGCUGCACCACAUAGGGUGGCCUUCAUCAUAUUCCUUUUAAUAUAAUUCAAUAAGUUCAAUAGAUUUCUUAUCCCAAAGCAAAAAAAAGAACGGAAACAGAAAACGUUGUACUGAUACUGAUAACUGUCCUAACAAACGUUUGCACGUUCUUACCAUCAUGUAAGAAGAUCUAAGUUCUCAUUAGGUUGUUCAUAUGGAAAUUUUCAGACUGAGAAACACUGCAUCAUGUGGUAUUACACAGAGUCAAAAGCCACUAUGAUCGGCCUGGCUACAAUGUUCUCUAUACUCACUGCCAUGGACAUCAUUGGCAACGUGAUUGUUUGUGUGCUGAUCGUUAAAUUCAAAGAUAUGAGGUGAGUCAGACGCCACUUGCAAUGGUGAAGGAUUUCAUGUGGGACACUUGAAGGCUGAAAUGAAGGUGACUGGAAAUUUCAUGCAUAACCAGAUGUGACAGGCGGAAGAAAAGGAAAAAAAAUUAGUCCUUUAAGCCUUUUUUACCUAAUCAUUGUUUUCUUUUUCAUUUGUUUCGAUUUUAUGGCUUUUUUUAUCAUUAUCAACCAUUAACCGAGGCAUGGGGGAGGGGAGGGGGUACUUAGUCAUCCGCUAAUCGACAAUACAGGAUCUUUGCAAAUAUAAGCCUGAGGUUAAAAAGGGCUUAUGUCACAUCUUUACGUUAAGAAAUCAAAAUAGCAUUUAGACAAUAAAAAUUUUAUCAACUUUGAUUCAAUUUUUGUCAGAAUUCCAAUGAAUUAUCUAAUCCUGAACCUGGCUGUAGCAGACAUUUUGGUCGCCCUUUUCGUCGUUCCUCGGUUUGUACUCUUUAAUGCUUACAUACUCCCUGAUGGAAUGACUGGUACAGUUAUCUGUAAGCUGCUGACCGGUGGUAAUUUAUCUUGGAUUGGAGCAGUUGCUUCUGCAUUUACACUGGCUGUUGUAGCUUUAGAGAGAUACUACGCAAUCAUGAACCCACAAGGCACACAAUUGACAGCUGCGAAGGUAGAGGUAAGGAAAAUGCUAAAUCAAAAAACAGAGAGGCCGAAAAAGAAAAUAAAACAAACAAUAAUUGAGUAAAAGCAGAGACAAUUCAUACACUCAACGCGAAAAGAUAUCAGUAGCACUGGGGUGUCCAAAUUACAUUAACCUUUGCAGAUCCAUAUUUUCAAUCGUUUCCAAACUCGUAUGUGUGAUUUGGUGAUAUAGCAGAUAUGAGUAAGGUAGCAGAAUUAUUAAUCACACAAAUCGGCGAAACUGCAGCUUCCAAUUUUUGUUUGUCAAUCAGAGAUUUUGAGACCCAGCCGCCAUCUCGCCUUUGGCAAAUUUUUAUAUUCGUGUUAGUUUAAUUUCUCACUCCAUCGCUCAUUACAUUCUUGCAGAUCAUUGUUCCAGUAAUUUGGCUAUUAGCAAUCCUCUUCAAUUUGCCUCUGCUGUUAACCGACCGGUAUAGCACAAAGCACAAGACUUGUAUGGAGAACUGGCCAGAGGAAUGGAUGGCAAAGUCCAGCAGCUUGAUAUGGCUUGUGGUGACCGGCUAUCUUCCCAUAUUCCUGAUGAUCGGACUGUACGCAAGAGUCGUGUAUCAGCUUUGGUUUCUUGAUGAGGAUGAUGGCGACAGCACUCGACAGGCAAGCAUGGGGUUCUUUGAAUGUUUUUUGUUUCCGUAGACUAACUCAAAAUUAAGCGAGAGACUAUACUUUUUUUUUUUUUGUUCACUGAUUAACUAACUAGCCCUAUUGAAAAAGCAAAAUUUUUGAAGGCAAUCACAGCAUUACCAAACUUUUUCUGUGUUGUUAUUGCUGAAGCGAAAUUAGGCCACUUCCUCAAGAAUCAGCGUCAUUCCAGUAUGUUAUGUCCUUCUCCUAAACAAAAGAGACAGGAAUUCUAUCUUUUAUAAAUACUCCGUUCAUUACAGACACGGUUUAAUUGAAAAAUCUAACUCUCUCUUUCUUUUAAAGCUCGAGGGUCGUUGGACAAACAUAACCUAGGAAUUGGCAAGCUUGCAUAGGGAUAUAGAUCAAGAACAGCAAAUGCUUUGAGAGAGGCUUUCAAUGUUAGCAAUUUCUUUCAUAACCAUUUCGUCAAUUUCAUAAUUUUAGGGAGUGCUGAGGAUUCGAAGAAGAAUCACCAAAAUGGUUUUCACAGUUAGCGUGGUCUUUGCCGCUUGCCGGAUUCCUGCCCAAACGAUGUACGUCAUCAGCUACUUCAGUCGCACCCAGUACCACAGCGAUUUACUGCAUAUCAUAUCCGUUGCUGAGGUGACUGCCAACUCCGCCAUUAACCCAUUCAUAUAUGCCAUCGUUAAUCAUCGCUUUAGACAGCACAUCAAGGAACUGAUAUGCUGCCCUGGUUUGUGCAAAACAAAGGUGGAUGCCUUUAUCCCAGGUCAGGAUAGCACCCAAGAUGCCACUUACACUACGGAGGUAGUACAGUUGCAACAAACAUAG